AUUACAGGCAGGCAGACUUUCGAGCCGACAGGACGCUGCUGCUGGUUCUGUUCUGUUAACAGGUCUGGAUGAUGGUGGAAGCAACGUUUAAAGGAGCUGUGGUUCUGCUGCUGUUGGUGCUGCCCGGCUGCGUGGCUCAGGAUGUUUUUCUCAACAGCCAGCAUGCGUCGCAGCUUUUGGUCCGAAGCAGACGAGCCAAUCAUUUAUUCGAAGAGAUGAAACCAGGAAACCUGGAGAGAGAAUGUGUUGAAGAAGUCUGCGACUCUGAAGAAGCCAGAGAGGUGUUCGAGCAGAAAGAGAAAACUGACAAGUUCUGGGUGAAUUAUCUCGACUGCAAAGGAAAGAGCUUGGUCCGAACGCCAGACACCGUUGCCCUGGUCCGACAAUGCAUACAAGGACAGUGUAUCUUCGGUAACGGGUUAAACUAUGAAGGAGAGGUCAACAUCACAAAAACGGGCAAAGUGUGUCAGCGAUGGGGUUCCAACUACCCUCAUCCCAUCCACAGGGAGAUUAAUGCUUCAGCACUGAACAGUAAGCUGCAGGAGAACUUCUGUAGGAACCCUAACGGCCAUCUAGAAGGACCAUGGUGUUUCACCACAGAUCCAGUAGUCCAGAAAGAGACCUGCAGGGUUCCCAAAUGUGGUGAGGCAUUCAUCCCACCAACUGUAGCUCCAAGAGCGGCCACACCCACAGUGUGCUUACCUAACUAUGGUGUUGACUACACUGGAGACCUGAGUGUUACCCUGAGUGGACACACCUGUCUGCAAUGGUCAUCACCGCAGGCCGUAGCCCUCAGCCGGGACAAACAGUUCAUGCCAGAAGUGGUUCUGCAGGGCAACAAGUGCCGGAACCCAGACAACGACCCCGAGGGCCCCUGGUGCUACGUGGACAUUUCUGGAAACGUGACGAUCGAUUACUGCAACCUGGAGCUGUGUGAGGAUCCCCUGAUUGGUGGAGACGAAUUGACCAACACCAAAGACAGGGAACGGUCGGUUUUAGUUUCUAACAAGCAACUGUUCUUCAGUCCUCGAUCGUUUGGACAAGGAGAAAGUGUGUGCGGCAUGCGGCCCCUUUUUGAACUUGCAAACAAAAAGGACAAGAAUGAGGACGACCUGGUGGACUCCUACAGAGAUAAAAGGAUUGUCGGGGGGAGCAACGCUGAGGUGGCCUCAGCACCAUGGCAGGUGAUGCUGUACAAACGCAGCCCACAGGAGCUUCUGUGUGGAGCCAGUCUGCUCAGUGACCAGUGGAUCCUGACUGCAGCGCACUGCAUUCUUUAUCCUCCCUGGAAUAAAAACUUUACCUCCAACGACAUCCUGGUCCGCUUGGGGAAACACAACAGAGCCGCAUUUGAGCGUGGAAUUGAGAAGAUUGUUGCAAUUGACGAAAUCAUUGUCCAUCCCAAAUACAACUGGAAAGAAAAUCUGAAUCGGGACAUCGCUCUGCUGCACAUGAGACGGCCUGUCACUUUCACCAACGAGAUCCAUCCCGUCUGCAUACCGAGCAAGCAGGUCGCCAGGACUCUGAUGACUGAAGGCUUUAAGGGCCGAGUGACCGGCUGGGGGAACCUGAAGGAGACCUGGAACCCUGCGCAAAGAAAUUUACCCGCAGUCCUCCAGCAGAUCCACCUUCCGAUUGUGGAUCAAGACGUCUGCCGCAAGUCCACGGCGGUCAGAAUAACAGACAACAUGUUCUGUGCAGGUUUUAAACCAGAAGAAAACCAAAACGGUGACGCCUGCGAGGGCGACAGUGGAGGACCGUUUGUAAUGAAAUAUCCAGCAGAGAACCGCUGGUACCAGAUCGGUAUCGUGUCCUGGGGCGAAGGUUGUGACCGCGACGGAAAGUACGGCUUCUACACCCAUCUGUUCAGGAUGGCCAGGUGGAUCAAGAAAGUUAUCGAAAAGACAGGAGACGACGAGUAGACGCAAACUCAGAAUGAAUCCCAGUCACUUCCUGUUUUGCCUGUUGAUGAAUAAAUGAUGCUAAUAAAGUUUGUCCAAAAUAAUCUUCACCU